AUGGACGCCGCGCAGCGCGUCGCUGGAGACGCCCACACGGCAAGCCGCACUCCUGUGUCUCAGCGCACGCCGCCCGACCUGGGGCUGCUCGAUUGCUGGCAUGAUAGUAUUACGCCGUAUGAGCCGACAAGAACCACGUUAAGAAGACCCCCGAUCGCCGGCGACCAUUUCACCUGCACGCGCCAUGAGCCCGUUCGCGCUUGCGGUCAGAUUAUCCCGUGGAACUUUCAACUUCUGAUGCAGGCGGGAAGCUGGGCACCGCUUUGGCUGUGGGCAACACUGUCGUGCUUGAAGGCUGGUUUCCCAGAGGGUGUCGUCAACAUCCUGUCCGGCUUCGGGCCGACAUCCGCUGCAGUUGUGGCACAGCACAUGGGCAUUGCCAAGGCCUUCACCGGAUCCACCGAAAUUGGACGGCUGGUUCACGGUGUCACGGAAAGGCGCCGAACAUCAUCUUCGCCGACGCCAACUCUCGACGAGGCCGUCGAGCAAGCCCACCAUGAGCUCUUCUUCCACCAAAGCCAAUGCUGCGGCGACGCAAGUCGUACUUUUGUUGAGGGCAUGGCGCAGCAGGGAGUUGGCGCAGAAGCGCGUCGUCGGCGACCCCUUCGACCUCGAUCCGACCAGGGUCCACAGAUCGACGGCAACCAGGGCAACACCGUCUCAAGUUCCAUCAGAAGGGCCGGCAAGCGCGAGGGUGCGUUUUUUACUUGGAGGGAUUUUCGGCCCGGUGAUGUCGGUGAUCCGAUUCGGCUCGAUGGAGGGACUCUCGUCGAGAAGGCCAACAACACCAUCUACGGCCUGGCCGCCGCCGUCGUUAUCCAAAGACAUCGAUCGGGCCCUCUACGUUGCCACAACAUUCGCGCCGGAUCUGGCUUUCCAACAGCCAAAACUCCUUUUAUCUGGUUUUAUAAAUUUUAUUUCGGGGUCAACUGCUACGACGCGUUUGACGCGGCGGCUCCAUUCGGCGGUUACAAGCAGUCUGGUGAGGGAUUUUCACCAGCUACUAAUUGGGAAAUUACCGUCACGAUCAAGGUGCCGCAGAAGAACUCG